GUCCUCUUCCUCCUUCCUCUCCCGAAGGCGAAAAUGGAUGGGCCGGGCGAGGACCUGGGAAAGAAGUGGUCCUAGCUCAGCCGGUCCCCACCCUUCCUGCUGAUAGAGGCAGCGGGCUGUCCUUGGAUAAGGUGGUCCAGGCUGCUGCUUCCUGGCAAAUCCUCAGCCGGGUCACCGCCACGGGCUCUUUCUCUGCUUGCUCCAUCCCUCUGAGAAGAGUUGAUGCUGGCAUCACCCCCGCCGCCGCCACCACCACCUCCGCGGAAGCCAGUGCUGAUGGAUGCUGGGGAGUGCCGCAUUGCUUAGCGUCUCCGCCUCCGGGUUUGCUGGCACAUCCUUCAGCAGGGACCGCAGCAGCAUCACAGUGCUGGGGCUGAGAUGUGCGUGGGGGUUGUUUUCCUUACAUCGUACAAGACAAGAGAAGAAGACAGACUCAAGACCUGAAGCGCCAAUGCUAAGUGGAAUUAGGGGUUCUCUUUUUCUUUUAUUCCCCCCCCUUUCUUUUUAUUCGGAGAGAUAAAGGGCAAGAGGCAGGCUGGAAGGGCCUGCCCAGCGGCCCACUUCUAAUGGGAGGCGUUGUUUUUUAGGGAGACUGGGGUUAGAAGUUUAAGUACUCUCCAGAAAAGCUGUGUGUGUGUGUGUGUGUGUGUGUGUGUUGGGGGGGAAACAGGAGCAACAGGGUACUUGACUGAACACGAAGAGGAACCAUUUCCUGUACAGGAAAGGAAGCAGACAGCAGCUAGAACUGGGGGCUGGAGUGUGGUGUGGAGGUGGCAAAGGCCAGGUGCGUUGUUGGACACACAAGAAGAGCUUCAGAGAGGACAGCUUGGGACCAGGGGAACAAUGACUCAUUUGCAAGCUGGUCUCUCUCCUGAGACCCUGGAGAAAGCUCGCCUGGAACUCAAUGAGAACCCAGACACUCUGCACCAGGACAUCCAGGAGGUGAGGGACAUGGUCAUCACUAGGCCAGACAUUGGCUUUCUGCGCACGGAUGACGCUUUCAUCUUACGCUUCUUGCGGGCCAGGAAGUUUCAUCACUUCGAGGCUUUCCGCCUUUUGGCCCAGUACUUUGAGUAUCGGCAGCAGAACCUGGAUAUGUUCAAAAGCUUCAAGGCUACUGACCCUGGCAUCAAGCAGGCACUGAAGGAUGGCUUUCCUGGAGGCCUGGCCAAUCUGGACCACUAUGGGAGGAAAAUUCUAGUCCUGUUUGCUGCUAACUGGGACCAGAGCAGGUACACACUGGUGGAUAUUUUGCGUGCCAUCUUACUUUCUUUAGAAGCCAUGAUUGAAGAUCCCGAGCUGCAAGUAAAUGGAUUUGUUUUGAUCAUAGACUGGAGUAACUUUACCUUCAAGCAAGCCUCCAAGCUCACACCAAGCAUGCUGCGACUUGCCAUUGAAGGCCUUCAGGACAGCUUCCCCGCAAGAUUUGGAGGAAUUCAUUUUGUCAACCAACCUUGGUAUAUCCAUGCCCUGUACACUGUGAUCCGGCCUUUCCUGAAGGAGAAGACUCGGAAAAGGAUAUUCUUGCACGGUAACAACCUAAACAGUCUACACCAACUAAUCCAUCCUGAGAUCCUGCCUUCUGAGUUUGGAGGGAUGUUGCCCCCAUAUGACAUGGGGACGUGGGCCAGAACCCUGCUAGACCAUGAGUACGAUGAUGACAGCGAGUACAACGUGGACUCCUAUAGCAUGCCUGUGAAGGAAGUAGAAAAGGAGCUCUCUCCCAAAUCCAUGAAGAGAUCGCAAUCGGUGGUGGAUCCCACAGCCCUGAAGCGCAUGGAUAAAAACGAAGAAGAAAACAGGCAGCCUUUACUUUCUCUGGACUAAGAACUGCUCCACUUCUACGCCACGGAUUAGAAAUGGGAGGUAUUGGCUUUCAACCAACAGGGACAGCACUGUGGCAUCUUUCUGCUGGAAAACCUUAUUCAUGUUAAUGUAGCAUAAUGCAUAAGGCAUUUGGCUUCCACAUUUGCCUAAACCAUGGGUGCCCCGGGCUAGAUUUUAAAAAGUCAAUAAUUUAUUCUGUAAGUGCCAAGUUCUUUGUAAAUACAAUAUAGUCGUCACAUCAAGUUUGUAAAUUUUGGUAGUAAAGUAAUUUGAGAAAGAUUGACUCACAAGUUUGAGCCAGUGAAAUGGACUAUAAAAAGAAGCAUAAAGACACAUACACUAUGAAAUUUAAUUAAAUGUAUCCCUGUUUCCUAUGAAGCCAUAUUUCUGCUAUCAUAGUGAAUUGUUUCAUCGUCUUUCUCUGAAACACUGUCAAUAUUUAAACAUACUUUGGGCACAGCAAACAAUUAUUCCAGGAAAUUGUUAUGAUUAAUGUUUUCUUGUUUAGUGGUUUUCUUUUCAGAGGAAGUAUUAUACGACCAUCCCUGACUGCAUUCUGAAGUAGUGGAUGAGGAGCUGGUGAAUGAAAAACCUAGAUGUUUCUCUGUUGUUUGAUUCACAGAGUCUUGUAGGAAAAAGCUUUUCCCCACUCAAGACACAGCAUUCUGAUAGAGAAUGGAUAUUUGUCUAAACUGUUGCUUUCACAAUGUCCUCUUUACUUAAGAGUCCCAUUGUAAUCCUUGUCUGGUGUACUUUAGAAUAUUUUCAUCCAAAAUUUGACUAGGAAAAGAUGAACUGGUUCCUGAAUAAUUUCAACAUUCAGCGUUGAACAUAAAGUUUAUCCCUUACAAAUAGGGGCCUAAUUUCAAAUCAUUGUGUACUUGUUAAAAAUAUCAAUAUUCACAUAACAUAUAUUUUCACUGAGUUUCAAUAAAUUCUUGAUAUGAUAGGCAUUGAGAUAUCAUGGAAAAUGACUUUCAGUGAAGUAAAGAAAAAGGAAAAUAUGAGACAGACCUCAGGAUACCUAUUCAAAGGAUUUCAUAUGUCAGAAAACAAAAUCUGGACUAUGUGGCACCUUAAUGAGUGUGUUUUGCCCCUUUAAAGACACAAUGAAUCUCCAUAUAGGAUAGAUAGUAGGCAAUAAAAAGCAAAAGAGGUUUAUUGUUUUAAAAAAAUUAAGUUAGCAUGUUCUUUUAUGCUCCCAUUUUUUUUUGAGAAAAGAUUAAACGUACAUGAUAUUUGACAGAUACUUUGAGAGUAUUGGAGGGCAUCUAAGACAGUAUACAGCAGUUUAAGUCUAGACUCAAAUUUGUGUAUGAUUUAAAAUUUUAUUUCAUAAAUUAUAUAAUUAUAGCCUAUGUUAAACAUCUUAAUUUAAAUUUCAAAUUCCUGUGUAAAAAGGCAAGAUUGUUAUCACUUUCCUGGCAUGGUGAAUUUUGAGAUUGAGAAUUCACCAUUUUUAUUUUAAAAAAAAUUAUGUUCAAGAACUUUUGGAAACUGGUACAAAUAAAGUCAUAUAAGAGCCUUGAUACACACAUAUGCCAACAUUUCAAAAAUCCAGUUAAAAUCAUGCUGCUCAAAAUCUCAAAGUUGAAUCAACACACCAGUCUGAAGCAACAUGGGUUGUCUAAUGAUUAUAAAAUUGUAAAGAUUAUGAGUUUUUGAAAUACACUUUAAAGAUAUUUUAAGAAUGGCAACCUUCAGUUGAAUUUAAAAUAAUAGUGGCAAUCUGGGUAUUCUGUCUAUCCUUGUAGCCGAGACUGAAAUGAAAUGGGAAUUAAAUGUCAGGGAAAUUCUACUAGGUAAUAACGAUGCACCAAUAAUUGAUGUGUGUUUUUCCUUGUCUACCUGACAUAUAUUCUAUAAUCCUGGACUUUUCUCGUGUUAUAAACACGCAUCAGGCAGAAGUCAUUGAAAUAAAAGAAGAAGAAUGUAUGCAUAGACUGUCAAUAUCAUUCUCUUGACACUCACUGUUUGUUGACAGUUUUCAGAGUUCUACCAGCUUCAGAUGUCAUCCAGCAUGGCCAGCAUCCUUCUCCAACUGUAAAGUUACUGUCACAUAAAAAUAACUAGGAUCAUCCACACUCUCUCCCAAUCCAUAUUUGGAAAACUCUCAUUGGCAUUGCCAAGCGUCUGCUCCUCUUUAAAUGAGCAACUGAAAGUUGGCUAGAUGGUGUGCAAUAUUUUAAAAAAAUGAAUGAACAAAUUAAAACAAUGAUGUCUUUUGAUUUUCUAGCAAUGGUUUUGAAGCUGCUUAGUCAAGGGAUAUUUAUUCAAAUUCAUAAAUUUUCCCCUCAGCAUCAGCUAAAGCACGAUUUAGGUAACUUUUCCCUAUUGUAAUGUUUCACAUCAUGUAGCAGUGUUUAUGGUACAUUAUCUAGUAUAUAAGCAUGCCAGUGUUCUUUCACACUAGAUGGUUCUAAUGGCUGCUCCUCUUUCCUUUGAGUCGUAUAUUCUGCCAUUUAAAUGGUCUCAUUACCUUGACAUUUAUGAACUUUUACGAGAUACCACAUCAAUUUGGAAUAGUUCACUGCUUUUUUAAAAAUGGUGCUGGGCAUGGAACCCAGACCUGAGCAUGCAGGCAGGUGCUCUACCUUUGAGCUCUAUGUCAACUUUCCAUUUUUUAAUAUUUUUUUCACUGUGUCUGUCAAAUAUUUUCUUUCUUUCAGUUGUUUCAAGAUUGACUGCUUCCGAAACUGGUUUAAAAAUAAAGAACUCUUCUUCUCAUGUUCUCAGCAACAUAGUUUGUUGGCUACUAUAUAAGAUAAUAUGACAACAUGUACUCUAAAGAAUAUGAAGAAGUGCCUCUUUAAAAGUAGAACAAAACAUCGGUAACAACUUAGUUUAUUUGCACACUCUUCUAACAAAACCAACAUAUUCUUCAGUAUCAUAAGGGUAACAUGUAGAUAUUUUUGAAGACGAAUAUCUAAGGGUGUUGCUUAACAAUGUUCAUACAGUAUUUGUUGUGCAAGAUCAAUGUAGUAACUUCAUUCCAAAUGCGAUUUAACAUAGAGUACUAUGUUAAAACAGGAUAAAGGCAUUAAGUAGAGUUUUUCAAGCAAGGUGUUGACAUGGGCAUGCAUGAUAUAAUUUCGGCAAUAGUUUGCAUUUGUGUAGGCAGGAGCAUUCCAUAAGCCAUUUCAUAGAAAAUGCUUAUUUACACUAUUAAAAUUUCCAUAUCCCUAAGAAAGAAAAACAUGUAAGAUGUCCUCUUUAGUAUAUGUCUACAGGUCACAUAGUUAAACCAAGCAUUUAAGGUUUCUGCAGCAUUCUUAAGGGAACAGAAUGGACUGUAUAGUACUAUGAAAAGGAGAAUCAUUUUAGGCCUCACGUUAGAAGGAAACCUUUACAGACAUGGCAGGCUGUUUCUAUUUCUACACAGAAAUUCAAGUUUAUAGCCAGACCUGUGGUUGAUCCUUUAAGGACAUUUUAUUAAGGAAAUCUGAUGAGAGACUUAAUACUUCUGAUGCUUUGUUAAAACUGCCUGGUUGGGUUAGUUCAUAUUAUUCCUUUGCUUCUGUCAUUCACUGCAUAUUUAUUAAUGAUUCCUUAAAAUGUUACCCUGAGCCAUGAUGGCAUUCCAGAAAGAUUCUCAACAUACACAGUAAAGUGACCCAAGUCCCAGCAUGUGGUAUUUCAGCUUUUAGGUGACAUCAGUAGGCCACAGGCAGAUAUUCCAGGUUAGACCUGCUGUGUGCACAGAUAGGCAGAAAUAGCUGUGUGCUCAUCAAACCUUUGAGGCUGCCACUGGGUACACAUGUUUUCUUGUUUUUAAUUGAGAAAAUAGCUUUCUGUAUGUUACUAUAGUGAUUGGUUACUGUCUAGCAUUUGAAGCUGCCACUGAAAGAGGCACAUAUCGGGGAAAAGUGGACUUUUCUUGUUUUCAAUUGAGAAAAAAUGAGCGUCCUCUAGACUACUGUAAUGGUUGAUCACUGCUUAGCACUUUAGAUUGGGAAAACAGAAAUACAAACAGGUCUGAAAUAUGAAAUUAUUAACUCACUGCCUUUGAAGUCUGAAGAAGAGCUUUCAUAAUUCAAGAUUUUAGCUUAUAAAAAAACUAGAGGUUAGUUAGUGCCACACAUAAUGCUCUGAAGCUUGUUAUUUGAGAAAUAUGGAAAUAAAUCCACCAAAACUGUAGGAAAAUCAUAAAACUGUGUUUUUUUGUGGUGAAAUGCUCAAAUUGGACCUUUUUUGUUUAGAGGAGUACAACGUUAUUGUAAAAAUGAAGAUCAUUUAGAAACCAAAUAGUUGUGGCCAUGAUAACUGCACUUUACGGCAAGAGGUGGGAAGUGUUGACAGUGUUGGUGUUUGUCAGGGUUUGACAUAGUUUCAGAUCACCAUGCAAAUAUUUCCGCCCUUUCUGUUAUCAGAAUUUCUGAUUAUGUAAACAUUAUUUUUUUGUGAAUAUAUUGGACCUACAGAAGACAUAAUGAAAUUUUAACAUGUGUAGCAUGGACAAGUCCCAACCUAUUUUGAAAAGUCCCAAUGAUCUAUACAUAAAUGAUUUGCAUAUCACAGGUUCAA